CAACAAAAUACAAUAUAAUCUCUCUCUUAAUCAUAAAAAGGCGCCUCCUCUUGCAUAGACAACAUAAAGAAGGAAGAAAGAGUGUUCGAUUGUUGAGAUGUAGUGAGAACAACUGUUUCUUCGCAUAGAUAGAUACACUGACGCUAUAUCUACACAUACGAUGUCGACGAGCUUCAACAGCGGCCCUCGUAGCCCUGCUACGAGCUCCAGGUUACAGUUAGGAGGCGUUGGUGGUAUCUCCAGGGCUAUGAGAUCUUCUUCGUCCAAGAAACCGCCGGAGCCUCUUCGCCGCGCAAUCGCCGAUUGUCUCUCUUCUUCUCUUCUAUCCGUCCAGGGCAGCUCUUCAGCCGUUGUAUCCGAAGCUUCCAGGACUCUUCGGGACUAUUUAGCAUCCCAUGCAACUACUGACCUGGCCUAUGGUGUGAUAAUAGAGCACACACUUGCAGAGAGAGAACGAAGCCCUGCAGUAGUUGCAAGGUGUGUGGCUCUUUUGAAACGUUAUCUCCUGCGAUAUAAACCAAGUGAGGAGACCCUACUAGAAAUUGAUCGGUUUUGUUCAAAUAUAAUCAUGGAAUGUGAUAUUAGCCCAAACAGAAGACAAGCUGGUGGUUCAUCCUCUACUUUAAAUGUAUCAUCACCUUUGCCUGUUGCAAGUUUUGCAUCAGCUUUUGCUGGAGCUACUUCUGCAUCAAGACAGUCACUUCCAUCAUUAUCAUCUCUAAUGAGUAAAUCUUUCAAUUCCCAAAUUAGCCCUGGAAUCGGUAAAGAACCUUCCGAGAACAAAGAAGGUUCUUCUGUUUCCGUUCUGGAUUCACCGAUUCCUGAAGAUAUUGAUGGAAUUGAAGGCGAUGAAUUCAUAGCCCGUGAUGUGUUCAAAUGGAGAUGGCAUGGGGACCCACAAUCAUCUUUGCUUUCUUCUGAUAGUCCUUUGAAUCAUCAAGACAUGAGUAAGCACAAUUUUCUUGAAGUAGGUGCUGCUGCCCUUCUUUUAGGAGACAUGGAAGCUAAAACAAAGGGUGAAUUUUGGAGAAAUUUUGGUAGCAUUGAUAUGCCUUACCUUGAUCAACUAUUACAGCCUUCAUUACUUACUACUGUAACAAAUUCUGCAUCUGCACGUGCUCAUUUGAGAGCAAUAACAGCUUCUAAACGUUCCAAAACAGGCCCUCAUCAGAUUUGGGAAGAUUCUCCUCUAACAACCUUCCGCCCUCGUUCUCGACCACUUUUCCAAUAUAGACACUACAGUGAACAACAACCAUUACGAUUGAAUCCAGAUGAAGUGGGAGAAGUUAUAGCUGCAGUUUGUUCAGAAAAACCUUCUCCAGCUCCUAAUAUGAUGACGAUCUCAUCUAAAUUAAGUAGCAGUAGCGGGAAACCAUCAAUGGAUGUGGCUGUGAGUGUUUUAAUCAAACUUGUAAUCGACAUGUAUGUGUUGGACUCUGGGAUUGCUGCUCCACUCAUGCUAUCUAUGCUUGAGGAAAUGCUUAGCUCUUCACAGUUGACCUCAAAAGUCCGUGCUUUUGACUUAAUUUUAAACCUUGGGGUUCAUGGCCAUUUAUUGGAGCCACUUCUAGCUGAUGAUGCUUCCACCAUUGAAGAAGAAUACACCCAAGAACCAUACCUUGACAAAAAAAUGUCCAUAAAGCAAGAUUACCUCAAGGACCAAAGUUUAUCAGCAAUAAAUAACUUUGAAUCAUGGAUAUUGUGCAUUUUAUAUGAAGUCCUCCUCCUUCUGGUGCAGGCAGAAGAGAAGGAAGAAUCUGUGUGGGCUUCUGCUCUUAGUUGUUUACUAUAUUUUGUUUGUGAUAGAGGCAAAAUUCGUAGAAGCAGAUUAAGAGGUCUUGACAUAAGAGUUAUUAAAAUGCUUAUACAAAUUAGCAGGAGAAACUCAUGGGCAGAAUUGGUUCAUUGCAAGUUAAUCAACAUGCUAACAAACAUGUUUUAUGAAGUCCCUGAUGUGUCCACCACAUCUACACCAACUUUUCUUGUGGAUCAAGUUGAUGUAAUCGGAGGAAUUGAGUUUGUGUUCAUCGAGCUAGUGAUCUCAAACUCCAGAGAAGAUGCUCCAGAAGCUUUACAUAUUUCUGUUAAACUUGGUAUAGAAGGAAUUGGUGAUAUUUUAAGAAGAUCCAUAUCUGCUGCUUUACCAAGAUACUCCAACAGUGAAAGACUCAAUAUGCUAUUGGAGAAAAUCAUGGAGAAAUUUGAUGCACUGUUAAGAUCAUUAACUCACCUGGACAAAGAAUUCAGUCACAUGACAGAACUUACAAAAUCCUACAAAUACUUAGAGAGCUUUCAGGAAGGAUUUGUGAGAAACAGUUAUGCCUUAAAAGUGAAGCUUGCAUGGGCCACUUUACAUUCUCUUCUUCAUUCAGAACGUGCAGCCAUUCGUGAAAACGGUUAUGUAUGGUUAGGUGAUCUUCUUAUAGCAGAGAUUAACUACGAAGGGGAUUCCAUUUGGUCGAACAUAAAGAAUCUACAAAAAAGAAUCACACUUGCUUCUGUUAAAGAUUAUUCACCCGAAUUGGAUAUUCCACUACCCAUUUGGCUCAUGUGUGGACUUUUGAAGUCCAGAAACAAUCUCAUAAGAUGGGGCUUCCUUUUUGUUCUUGAACGACUUCUCAUGAGAUGUAAAUUUUUAUUGGAUGAAAACGAGUUACAACAUUCGGUUACAGUUACUAACGAAGCUCAUGGGAAAACACGUCUUGAUAAAGCAAAUGCUGUCAUAGAUAUUAUGAGCAGUGCUUUAUCCUUGGUGGCUCAGAUAAACGUCACGGAUCGUAUGAAUAUUUUGAAGAUGUGCGACAUUCUGUUUUCUCAAUUGUGUCUGAAAGUGAUACCUGGAAACACGCCCACAUCAGCAGACACAUUGCGUAGUUGCAAGAGUUUUAAUUACUCGGUUUGGAAUAAAAAGGCGAGCGUGAUGGAAGAUCUCCCUGUAAGAGAGAACUUUUGCUGGGAACCAGUGGACGAUAGCAAGGGCAGAUUUGGAAUUAACAAAAAUAAUUCUGCUACCGCGACCAGCAGUGAGACGGCAUCAAUGGCAGCAUUGCUUCUUCAAGGACAGGCGAUUGUUCCUAUGCAACUGGUUGCACGUGUGCCUGCUGAUUUGUUUUACUGGCCUUUGAUUCAACUGGCUGCUGCAGCUACCGAUAAUAUAGCACUUGGUGUUUCUGUUGGGAGUAAAGGAGGUGGAAACCUACCUGGCGCCACGUCAGAUAUUAGAUCCACUCUUCUUUUACUGCUGAUUGGUAAAUGCACUGCGGAUCCUGGUGCUUUUAAAGAAGUCGGUGGUGAAGAGUUCUUCAGGGAGCUGUUAGAUGAUACUGAUUCAAGGGUGGCUUACUUCUCUUCAACCUUCCUUUUAAAGAGGAUGAUGACUGAAGAAGCGGAUAAAUACCAGCGUGGACUCUCGUCUCUUGUAUCCAGAGCUCAACAGAGUAACAAUGAGAAAUUAUUGGAGAAUCCUUACCUUCAGAUGCGUGGUCUGCUUCAGUUAUCAAGCGAAGGACUAUGGAAUUAGAUUGCAUAUUAAAUUAGUAUUUUCUGUUUUUGAGAGAGUCCCCUUUUCUUGAGUUGAGAAUCAAAGCCGAGUGACAAGCCGUGGGUGAAUCACAAAGUCAAAGAUGGUUGUUAAAUUGGUCAAACUACGCGGGCUGGGAGAUCUCAAAUUGAAUGGUUUUCUGUUGAAAUGUUGUGUGGUUGGUUUGGAUUGUUGAUGUGCAAAAGGCCUUGAUCCUGAGAUGAAAUUUUUUUGAGAGCGGUGGGUGGGUGUGUCUGUUUCUGUUGUGGAAAUAAAUAAAUACAUACAUAUGUCAACUUGUACACAUCCGUUCAAAGUAUCGAAUAACCCAUACUCUUCAGUUGAACGCAUGCGGUGUGUUGGGCCGAGGAUUUGUGGUUAUUGAUGUACAAGAGGAGGGGAGAUUAUGUGUGAAGGUGGGUGUUGUUAAUUAAGAAUAAUCAUCUCAAGAUUUUGGUCUCAGGAUAUGCUUCAAUCAAAUCAAAGUAAAAGUAUAUAAACAAAUGUUUACGUUUACAUGGGAGUUCAUUCAUAAAUUGUACAAGCACAAGUUGAAUUUUUUGAAGGGGUCGGUCAGGUCAUGGCAAGGUGCAUCUGGUAAAUAUCCUGUUAUUUAUGGAAGACAUUAGAUACAUAUGUGUAAAUGUAUGUUUUUUGUUGCUUUUCUUCGUUGUAGGUUCCCUCCCUCAACAUUUUUGUAAUACAUAGUUGCACAAUUUCACCCCUCAAAUGUAUAUACAUUUUUUGUUGCCAUUCAACGUAACGUGUGAAGAUUGUUUUCAAGUGCUUCUUUUUGUAUACUUCUGUAUUGAAAUUCAUCUUCAAACACAAUUUAAGAUUGGUAUUCUUAACUUUUAACAAG